AUCACAUCAUCAGCAUCUCUGAGGGAAUCUCAAUUGAAGGACUCAGUCCCAACUAAGAACAGUAAUCUUCACUCUCAUAACACAUUAAUCCCCUAAUUGUUUCUUCUUUUAAGCAAGUGUAGAAAUCAAUCAAUGUAAUUACAAAAAAAGAGUAAUGCACAAACAACUAGAAGAUGGAUCAGACGAUGUCGUCCAAGCUGACGAAAGUUGUUCUGAGCAACACCAACAACCCCAAGCUAGCAUGGCAUCUCUUGAAGCGCAUCCUCUCAUCCUCCACCUCUUCUUCCUUACCCACCCACGAUCUCCUUCGUUCCACACGCACCACCAUGCGUGUCCUCAUCGCCGCCAACAUGCACCACCAGAUUGAUGACCUCUGUCAAUUCGUCCUAGCCACGCAGCCUCCCCACAUAGCCCACCCUUCCCUCCUCUCCCUCGUCCGGGCUUUGGCCCAUUCCUCAUCCCACCUACACCAUGCCUUCUCCCACUUCAAGUCCCUCAGGGCCCAUUUUCCCUCUCCUCCUCCUCCACUCUCCCUCUACAACCUCCUCCUCCAUGCCUCCCUCAACCAACACCGCUCCGAUUUCGCCACGUGGCUAUACACCGACAUGAUCACUGCAGGGGUAAGGCCGCAAACUUACACCUUCAACCUCAUGAUGCAGUCGUUGUGUGAUUCUGGUGCUUUGGACCAUGCACGGAACCUGUUCGAUAAAAUGUCUUACAAAGGGUGCUACCCAAAUGAGUUCACUCUUGGCAUUUUAGUUCGUGGGUUUUGUAGGGCCGGUCUCACGAGCCAAGCAUUGGAUAUACUUGACAAGUCAUCGGGUCUUGUUGCCAAUAGGGUUGUGUACAAUACUCUCAUUUCAAGCUUCUGUAAGGAGGAUUUGACCGGUGAAGCUGAGAAGUUGGUUGAGAGAAUGAGGGAACAGGGUAUGUUACCAGAUGUUGUCACCUUUAAUUCUAGGAUUUCGGCGCUUUGUAGGGCCGGGAAGGUUUUAGAGGCGUCAAGGAUUUUCAGGGAUAUGCAGUUGGAUCAGGAGUUGGGACUUCCUAAACCUAAUAGAGUUACUUAUAACUUGAUGCUAAAAGGGUUCUGCAAGAUAGGGAUGCUGGUGGAAGCAAAGGCUUUGGUCGACUCCAUGAAAAAGGAUGGCAAUUUCACCACUUUGGAAAGUUAUAAUAUAUGGUUGUUAGGGUUGCUUAGGAAUGGGAAACUGUUGGAGGCUCAGUUGGUUCUUGAUGAAAUGGUUGCGGAAGGCAUUGAGCCGAAUUCUUACUCCUAUAACAUUAUGAUGGAUGGGCUAUGUAGGAAACAUAUGCUGUUGGAUGCCAGAAGGUUAAUGGAUUUGAUGAUAAGCAAUGGUGUUUAUCCAGACACAGUUACUUAUAGUACUCUCCUCCAUGGAUAUUGUAGCAAAGGAAAGGUAUUUGAAGCAAAGGGUAUUCUUCAUGAAAUGAUAAGGAAUGGUUGUUAUCCAAAUACUUAUACCUGUAACACAUUGCUGCAUAGCCUGUGGAAAGAGGGAAGAACACUAGAAGCAGAGGAAAUGCUGCAAAUGAUGAACGAGAAAUGCUAUCAGUUAGAUACUGUGACCUGCAAUAUCAUGAUCAAUGGUCUCUGUAGAAAUGGAAAAUUGGAGGAAGCAAUUCAAAUGCUAGGUGAGAUGUGGACUGAUGGACCAACAUCCCUCAGUAAGGGAAACUCAUUUGCUGGCCUAGCUAAUUCAAUCAACAAUUUGUCAAAGUGCACACCUGAUGUAGUCACAUAUACAAUCAUAGUUAAUGCACUUUGCAAGGUUGGUAGGGUAGAAGAAGCAAAAAAGAAAUUUAUUGAGAUGAUGGCAAAAAACUUGCGCCCUGAUUCUGCAAUAUAUGAUACAUUCAUAUUAAGUUUUUGUAAGCAAGGAAAGAUAUCAUCAGCGUUUCGUGUCUUGAAGGAUAUGGAGAGAAAUGGAUGCAGCAGGACUCUUCAAACUUAUAAUUCGUUGAUCCUGGGUCUAGGAGGUAAAAGGCAAAUAUUUGAAAUAUAUGGAUUGAUGGAUGAAAUGAGAGAAAAAGGGAUAUCUCCAGAUAUUUACACUUACAAUAACAUAAUCACUGCGCUUUGUGAAGGAGGAAAAACAAAUGAUGCUACUUCUCUUUUGCAUGAAAUGUUGGAUAAGGGCAUAUCUCCCAAAGUAUCUACCUUCAAGAUAUUGAUUAAAGCCUUUUGCAAGUCUAGUGAUUUUAAACUAGCAUUUGAGCUAUUUGAGGUAGCUUUGAGUAUAUGUGGCCACAAAGGAGUAUUGUACAGUUUAAUGUGCAAUGAGUUUCUUGCUGGAGGACAACUCUCUGAAGCGAAGGAUCUAUUUGAAGCUUCAUUGGAUAGAUUUUUCGCAUUGAAGGAUUUCAUGUAUAAAGAUUUAAUUGAUAAACUUUGCCAAAGUGAAAGAUUAGAUGAUGCUGAUUACCUUCUCCAUAAAUUAAUUGACAAGGGAUAUGGAUUUGACCAUUCAUCGUUCAUGCCGGUAAUUGAUGGAUUUAGUAAGAGCGGAAACAAACACCGAGCAGAUGAAUUAGCAAAGAGGAUGAUGGAAUUUGCUUCAGAAGAUAGACCUGCUGACAGAACCUAUCAAAAUGGCAAGAGGAUCUUUCCUAGAAAAGUUGAAAAUGAUGGUGGAAGUGAUUGGCAGGAUAUAAUCCACAGGGAUGGUGGCAGUGGUAUUGCAUUGAAAACUCUGAAACGUGUACAGAAAGGCUGGGGCCAAGGUAGUAUCUCGAGUUUGCGGCCACCACAGGAUGAUUUUCUUGAUUACUAUGACGGUAUUGGUUGAUUCUUUGUUAUUUCUUCAUAUCUUCACCUUACUUUCAAUCCCUGAGCCCUUAGGAGUGGAUGAUAGGAGAAUGGAAAGGUUUGAACUGAUUUCGGCCUGGUGAAGCAGGUAGAUGAGAGUGGAAGAUCUUUUUUUCUUGGAUUACAUGGCUCCUGAAACCAUAUCCUUGAUUAUUUGAUAGUUCAUACACUUGGUUCUUACUAGCUUACAUUACUCGGAUACUACCAAUUCAUAGAAACCUAACCUGUGGAAAGAUGUAAACAGAUUUACUGAUAAUUGGAUUUACUAAUUUACCCUCGGAUGAUAAUCUGUUCAUUUGAACUUAGGAGUUUCUCUUACUUAUGAUGAAUUUUAUCCGACCCCUUCUCAAAUAAAAG